AUUUUUUCGAUUGUGUUUUCCGUUGUUGUUAUUUGAGUCUUUAAAUUGUUCAAAUAUGGAGAAAAUUGUAAAUGAUGGCCAGCUCAUCGAGUUGGUUAGACAAUUUUCCGUAUUAUAUGACCCCAAAAACCGGGAAUAUAAAAAUAAUGAGGUCAAGUCCAAUGCUUGGAAAACUAUUGGAGAAGUUAUGAAUGCAUCAGCUCGCUGGUUCAGCCUGCGGACCAUAUAUUCCAGGGAAUCAAAACAAGUCAGAACCACUCCUACAGGAUCAGCAGCUACCAAGCCAUGGAGGCGGUUGGAAGAAAUGGCAUUGUUGAGUGCCUAUAUGAGGAGGAGACAAACCAGAGGAAAUGUGCAAACGGUAGGGCCACCAGAACCAAGUCCAAGUACCUCAGAAACAAGUUCUGAGAAUCCCUGGGAUUUCAUAUCGAUUAUCACUGGGGAGACGGAGAGUCAAGAAGAGGGCCCAAUUCUUGAGACCUCAAACAUUGAAACUAGUUCACCAGCAAUGCGCAAUGAAAGAAGUAAGCGGAAAAGAACGACUUCCACAGGUGAACUGAUGGAAACAAUCAAUAAAGCCUGGGGAACAUUUGAUGCUGCGUUUCAACAAAAAAACAAUCAGGACAGUGACAAUGCAGACACUACAUUUGGGAAGAUGGUGGGACUUGAAUUGAGUGAAAUUAAGGACAAAAAUAUAAAAUUCAAUCCAAAACAAAAAAUUUUGAAAAUUUUACAUGAAGCAAGCAAUGAAGAUGAUGAAUGA